CUUGAAAAAUAUCAAAGUCACAAAAUUUGAAGCUUAGGUUCAUUAAAUCGUUCGAGUAUCACACUUUAUUUGCGCCAAUCACUAGGCAAACAAGCACAGAACUGCGCGAGGCCAUUUUCCAGCCCUGUUUCCUUAGUGGUCCGCAUGCGAUGCAUUUACAUUCGAUCUCAACUAAAAAGGCUUUUAGAAUCUUCAGUUCUUAAUUAAGCGAGAGUAAGGUUCGUUGUUCUACAAUUGCAAGAUGUCCGAAGCAGCAAAGAAGAAGCCAACAAUGCCUAAAAAGCCAGCUGAUCAUCCACCUUACAUAGAGAUGAUCAAGGCUGCCAUUGUAGCACUGAAGGAGCGAAACGGUUCUUCCCGCCAAGCCAUCGAGAAAUACAUCAAAGGCAACUACAAGGUUGGUGAGGUCGGCCCUCACCUGAAGUUGGCUUUGAAGAGAGGCGCCGCCGGUGGAAAACUUCUACACACCAAGGGAGUUGGUGCUUCAGGCUCCUUCAAGGUGCCCAAGGAGGAAAAGAAGGAGAAGAAACCAAAGAAGGAGAAGAAACCAAAGAAGAAGCCCGCUGCAAAGAAGAAGCCCGCCGCCAAACCAAAGAAGCCCGCCGCCAAGAAGGCCGCGAAGAAACCGGCGGCAAAGAAGGCCGCAAAGAAACCAACGGAGAAAAAGCCAGCAGCAAAGAAACCCGCAGCUAAGAAAGCAGCAGCAAAGAAGCCCGCAGCUAAAAAACCAGCGGCUAAGAAGCCUGCAGCCAAAAAGUCCCCCAAGAAAGCAGUGAAGAAACCCGCGGCGAAGAAGCCCGCCAAGAAGCCAGCUAAGAAAGCUUAAGGAGUAGGGCACUCCUUCACCAAACAAAACGGCUCCUUUAGGAGCCACCAAACGAAAUAAAAGUGCAAUAGUCAACAGAGUACGACUCCGAAAAAAAUAAUCCUUUUUUUUGAUUUCUUAAGCUAUAAACUUGUGCUGUGAAAGCUUUUGGUUCGUCCCGUCUUCUAUUCCUUGCCCGAAAAAUAUCUAUAAGUUACAAAUUAUUCGAUUUCACUUUUAAAUUCUAAGGAGACUCCGUAAAAUAAUCUGUUUCUAAAGAUUUGUCGCUGAAAGCUCGCUUUGACUGUGACGGUUUGAAAACAAUCUCGGAAGUUGCGUGACUCGUGGUCUCGUGCGCGUGUAACGCAAAAGCCAUUUGAAAAGAUUCGUUUCAGUUUUGCCCGAGAAAGUCUGGAGCGAAAAUAGAUUCUCUCGAUAACAAUAUUGAAUAACAAAGAUCCAAUUCACUUGUAAGGCCAAGGGAAAUUAUUUACUAACGGCUAUUUCGAGCUCGGUUUUCC